GCAGAACAAAGAAGAGGCAAUGUCGCAAAUCCUUUUAACAAUGGCAAAAUACGGAAACAAACAAUGGCUUUGUAGUCCCGUGGACAAGUCAGCGUAUUCUAGAUAGAUAACAGGUUCAAGAGGAGGAGACGAAUAAUAAAAUAAAAUAAAAAACCGAAAAACAUAAAUAAAAUAGCGGCUCUCCCCAGUAGCAGCUCUCCAAUCUGCUUCUUCUUCACGAUCCCCACCUAGACCAUAGUGGAGGAUAAACUAAGCGGAAAAAGUUUUAGAAGAUACCAACAAUAAACUUGAUGUACAUGUAAUUGAAAUGGUGGGAAGUAAGUAGGAGGAAAAUGGAAUGGGCGGCAAAGGCAAACCAUAUGGGAGGGAUUCCAAGGAAGAUAGUGAUCACGGCGAUUGGGGGUUUUGCAAAGGCCUAUGCUUCCCUUUUCAACUCAACCUUCAUUCACAAUGCCGAUACUCUCAUUCGUCUUGUCCAAUCUAGACCUCCCAGAAUACCCCUCAUCACCGUAAGCAACCAUAUGUCCACCUUGGACGAUCCUCUUCUCUGGGGGUUCAGGGGAUUUCCAACCUGCAAUCAUAAACUUGCUCGUUGGGUUCUCGCCGCUGAGGACAUCUGCUUCAAAAAUAGUAUCUAUUCUUAUUUUUUCAGACUUGGGAAGUGCAUACCUAUUACAAGGGGUGCUGGAAUUUAUCAAAAGCAUAUGAAUGAAGCUCUUGACCGCUUAAGUGAUGGAGAAUGGCUUCAUACAUUCCCAGAAGGAAAAGUAUCCCAAGAAGAUGCACCCAUAAGGCGAUUGAAAUGGGGAACUGCUAGUCUCAUUGUUCGGGCCCCUAUAACCCCAAUUGUUUUGCCAAUUGUACACAAUGGAUUUGAGCAGGUGAUGCCUGAGAAGUUUUUUUGGGGUAGAAGGCCACCUAUUCCAUUAUGUAACAAGAAUAUUAACAUAAUUGUCGGCGAGCCAAUAGAAUUUGACCUUCUUAAAAUGAGGCAGAUGGCAAUUUCUCUGUCUCAUAAUGUGUCAUCUCCAGCAUUAGGAUGGCCUACCUGCGCUAAUGGUCUGGACGAGGCAGCGCAAAGAUAUCUCUACACUGCAAUCUCUGAGAAAAUUUGGACUGCCAUGGAGAACUUACGAAUUUUGGGUAAAAAUUUAAAGCCUAAGCUCCAAGAAUAAUAGUGUAAGAUUCUGCUGAGCUAAAUAUUAUGCUUAUGAGGCACAAAAAACUCUCAAUUUGCUUUUGUGUCCAGUGGAUGGAAAGCAUUAAUGUGAUAAAUUUUGCUUGUAAGUAAAACGAAGAUGUUUUAUCAAAAAACAGAGGAAAAGAAAAAGUAAAUAGGAUUUAGGCAUUAUUAUGAAAUGUUAUUCAGUUCGUUUUACAACAAAAUAAAUAAAUAAAAUGUUAUUAAGUUUA